AUUUGUGGCGGGUGCCGCCGUGCGCGCAGCACGCUGGAGAGAGCGCCCGCGGCCAGGCGAGGGAGCGCCCCGACCCAGCGCCGCCCGAGGGGGCUUGGCGGAGCAGCCGCUGUUCCUCGCGCCCCCGGAGGCGGAGACCUUUUGGAAGAACACUUUCUUUCUUUUCUUUUUCUUCUUUCCUCUUUUUCCUUUCGGGCCCCUGGGCGCGCCUUUCCCCGGUCUCCUCGCCCCCUCCCCUCCGCCCAUGUCUUGGCUUCCUCGCUGCGAUCUGCGUCGAUGGAAGGAGGGAGGCGAGGGGGAGCCGGAGGAGGGGGAAGAAGGAGGGGAAGCCGCCGCUCGGGCGCGGUGGGGGGAAGGCAGUGCUCGGCUGCAUCUGUCUCUUGCUGCUGCCCCCUGAGCCCGUCGGGGGGAGUAUGAAGCACCAUGGUGUGGUGCGACCGUGGGGUCCAGUUGCUGCUGACCACGGUGGGUGCCUUCGCUGCCUUCAGCCUCAUGACCAUCGCCAUCGGCACCGACUACUGGCUCUACUCGAGCGCCAACAUCUGCAACGGGACCAACAUCACCACGGACGAGACGUCGCCAAGCCAACCCAAGAAACUCAAGGGGGACCUAACCCACUCCGGGCUCUGGAGGAUCUGCUGUAUUGAAGGGAUAUACAAAGGACACUGUUUUCGAAUUAACCACUUCCCUGAAGACAAUGAUUAUGAUCAUGACAGCUCUGAAUACCUUCUCCGUAUUGUCCGGGCCUCCAGCGUGUUUCCGAUUCUAAGCACAGUAUUACUGUUGCUGGGAGGGCUCUGCAUCGGAGCUGGGAGGAUUUAUAGCAGCAAGAACAACAUUAUCCUCAGCGCUGGGAUUCUUUUUGUUGCAGCAGGAUUAAGUAACAUAAUAGGAAUCAUUGUCUACAUAUCCAGCAAUGCAGGUGAUCCUAGUGACAAGCGGGAUGAGGACAAAAAGAACCAAUACAAUUACGGCUGGUCUUUUUAUUUUGGAGCCUUGUCUUUCAUUGUGGCAGAAACAGUUGGCGUCCUAGCUGUGAACAUCUAUAUUGAAAAGAACAAAGAGCUAAGGUUUAAGACCAAGAGGGAGUUUCUUAAGGCCACUUCUUCUUCUUCCCCUUAUGCCAGGAUGCCAAGCUAUAGGUACAGGAGAAGGCGGUCCAGAUCUAGUUCUCGAUCUACAGAGCCUUCCCCAUCCAGGGAUGUUUCGCCCAUUGGCCUGAAAAUGGCAGGUUCCAUUCCCAUGAAUGAAAUCUCCAUGUACACGCUCUCUAGGGAGCCCCUAAAGAUCACCACGGCCCCAAGCUACAACAUGGAGCAAGAUGCGGGUUUUCUUCAAGUUCACAAUUUCCUUCAAAAGGAAUACAACGAAGGACUUCAUAUCAACAUGGUCAACAGGAGAACAACGCCUGUUUGAAAAGAGGACUGUUUGCUUUUCUUAAAACUACAACGUGAAGCAAAAUCCAGAUCUUUUUAUACGUGAAAAGCGUGUAUUUUUUAAACAAAAGCUCUUGCAUACCUCAAGAGAAAAAUCAUGCGGAGAGGUUGAAGAGAUGCUGAAAUGACCUGAAGACACGGAACUAUACAUUUCUAGCUGAUUUUUAUAAUAAGCUCUUUCAAAAAACAAAAUUUGUUUAAAGUUCUCAGUGUCACCAAAAGGGAAGG